CGGAAGUGUGUGAAAGGAAAAUCACAUGACCGAGCUGCAGCCGCUCCAAGCGCUACCCGACAUGGACAAACGUCUCCGGACACGGUGACCCUUCACCGAGCAGCGGCGUGGGCUCUGACACGGUGACGUCCACGAUGGAGGAGAUCAAGGUGUCUCCAGACUACAACUGGUUCCGAAGCACCGUGCCACUUAAGAGGAUCAUCGUGGAUGACGACGACAGUAAGGUGUGGUCUCUGUACGACGCCGGCCCGAAGAGCGUGCGCUGUCCCAUCAUCUUCCUCCCGCCGGUCAGCGGGACGGCCGAGGUCUUCUUCCAGCAGGUUCUGGCCCUGACGGGCUGGGGGUACCGGGUCAUCUCGCUGCAGUACCCGGUCUACUGGGACCUGCUGGAGUUCUGCGACGGCUUCAGGAAGCUCCUGGAUCACCUGCAGCUGGACAAGGUCCACCUGUUCGGCGCCUCACUGGGCGGGUUCCUGGCCCAGAAGUUUGCGGAGUACACCCACAAGUCUCCCAGAGUGCACUCGCUGGUCCUGUGCAACUCCUUCAGCGACACCUCCAUCUUCAACCAGACGUGGACGGCCAACAGCUUCUGGCUCAUGCCGGCCUUCCUGCUGAAGAAGAUCGUUCUGGGGAACUUUGCCCGAGGACCCAUGGACCCCAAGAUGGCCGACGGCAUCGACUUCAUGGUGGACCGGCUGGAGAGUCUCAACCAAAGCGAGUUAGCUUCACGGCUAACGCUCAACUGUCAGAACUCCUACGUGGAGCCGCACAAAAUAAAAGACGUGGCUGUGACCAUCAUAGAUGUGUUUGACCAAAGCGCUCUGUCGCUGGAGGCCAAAGAGGAGAUGUACAAACUGUAUCCCAACGCCAGGAGAGCUCACCUGAAGACCGGGGGGAACUUCCCGUACCUGUGCCGGAGCGCCGAGGUCAACCUCUAUAUCCAGAUUCACCUGCGGCAGUUCCACGGGACGAGAUUCGCCGCCAUCAGUCCUGACAUGAUCAACGCCGAAGAGCUGGAAGUCCACGCCAGCCGCCAGGACUCUGACGACGACCAAUGAGCCGAGGCGCCGCCUCCUUGCAGCAGGAGCUUCCUGACAGAUGAUAUUUUUACUGGACAGAAGAUAUUUUCAUAUUUUUGCUUUACAAACUCUCAACACUUUGCCUUAAGAGAACUCAACCGCGGCGGCGGCGAACCGCGGCGGUCUGUCGCUGCACUGACCUGAUGCUGAACAGGAGGCGUCGGGACGAGCAGCAGAUUCUUCUUCUCUCUUUUGGAAAAGAACCUUUGUUUGAUCUUCAUGUUUUCUUUUACGUCUCGGGUCCAAAUGCUGGACAAGAACCUCUCAGCUGCUUCCUGGAGCCGUUUGGGAAAAAGCAAAUCCCGCCGCCGUCAUUUCAGAGGUUUUAUUUAUGAUUGUUGUUGGAAUAAAUCACGGGUUCUCCGGUC